AUGCAGGUGAUUUGCGGCCAAGAUGAGACAACAGAAGAGGAGGAGGAAGAAAGUGGGAAAUCACCCAAAGAGCAACCAAGAUCCCGAGUACAUAAGAAGAAAAACCAACUCUCCUUGAAGUCUUCUUCGGCUGCAGCCCCCUCUCACUUCCAAAACACAACCUUACUAGAAUUGGCCUCUACCAACACACAAGAAUUUUGGGAUGUCUUAGAUAGCUUGUCCAAGCAGGGCCAAGGACUGCAAUCCUUGCGGAGCCAAAGGGACUUGGGCCCUGGCCCUGGCCGGCUUAAGAAAAUAUUUGGCUGGGGCGAUUUCUACUCCAACAUCAAGACGGUAAAGCUGAACCUCUUGAUCACGGGUAAAGUGGUUGACCAUGGGAACGGCACCGUCAAUGUCUUCUUCCGGCACAACUCAACAGGGCAGGGGAACAUCUCUGUCAGCCUGGUGCCUCCCAACAAAGCUGUGGAGUUUGAUCUGGAGCAGCAAAUUUUCAUCGAGGCAAAAGAAUCCAAGAUCUUCAACUGCAGGGUAGAGUUUGAAAAAGUAGACAGAGCGAAGAAAACGACCCUGUGUACUUACGACCCUUCUAAAACCUGCUUCCUGAACCACACACAAAGCCAGGUUUCCUGGGUCUGCUCCAAACCCUUCAAGGUCAUCUGUAUCUACAUCACCUUCUACAGCGUAGACUACAGGCUUGUGCAGAAAGUGUGUCCUGAUUACAAUUACCACAGCAAUGUUCCUUAUUACCCUUCCAGGUGAUGCCGUACCUCUUUUGAUCUCAGAUGCAGGCCAAGGACAACUUGAUUUGGGCCAAGGGUGGGGGCAAGAAACAGAAACAGAGGCCACGAGCAGAGAGGAGGGUGAGCUGUGUCUCUCCAAGGCCAGACAAGCCAACGAAAGCCUGGCUGCUGCUGAAGGA